AUGAAUUCUUAUUUGCAUUCAUCGAUUGCCGAAACGACAUUGUCCUCCUCCGUGGGAUCUGUUAAUGAAACGGAAAAUUCCCAUUCACUGAAUAGCACUUCAUUUCUGGAUACUACUGUUUCACCCAUCCGUUUCGUCGAAGAUCAUGAAAAACCACAAAAAAAUUUUGAAAUUUCGUUGGAUGCUCUUGUUGACCAGGAAAAUUGCCAAUCACUAUUGGAAAUAGGUUUGAAAAACAAUGAAAAUCGAUGUGACAUUUUCGACACAAUUGAUGACGUCCCAGAAACACCGAAAUCCGUUGAAAUCAUUGAUCUAACAACACCGAAGAAGACUUCACAGAACAGAUCACCUCUUCUUCCGACCCAACCACCAUCGACGACCUGUUCAGCUCUUACGAAGCGACGAUCAAGAGUCUGUUGUAAUGGCACCUUGGACAGUUGGAUUAAUUGGUUUGAACCACCACCGAAACGGAAACCUGUGAAUGGAGAUAAAUAUGACCGCUGGUUGAAUAUUACUCCGGACGUUUCUCCAGAAAAACUGGAUCUGGAGAUCAAGACAAACAAACAGUACACUAAGAAUGCUAAGAUAGCUGUAAAUGGUUCGUGCUCGGCGCACGUUUUGUCAGAGUCUUUGACAAGCUCUACUGGAAUUCGGCCAACCUUUCCGAACCGUAAUUCCGGAAAGGUUAGAAGGCUAACCCCAAGCAAUGCAGAAUGCCCAAAUGAAAAUAUACGGGAAUUCCAGCAAAUUUCACCUCGGAUAUCUUCACGAUCGAUUACAAACCAGAAAUCUCAAGGAAUCACUGAAUUGCAAAAUUCCUCUGUGAUGUUAAAAUCUACUUUACCAAUAAUAUCUACUAGUCAAGAAGAAGCAGAUGAAGACCAGUUGGAUGUUAUUUCUUCUCUGUCGGAUGAUUUUACUCUUCCGCUUACUCCUUCUCCUCCAAACACCUUACAGAAAUCAGAAACGCUGAAGCAAAUGUCGCUUGCAACUGUGCUGAAUCGAAGUAACGUAGCUGAGUAUUAUGCUCUCUUGGAAUCACGGCAUACACGUUCUCUGAUGAAAGCAAUAUCUUCACCAACAUUUAGCCGUAAUGACCGAAAAUAUGUGGACAAUGAGCUAACUUCACGAUUUGACGAUGAUGGUAAAGUUCGACGAAAAAAGGUUGAACGAAGAUUGCUGCACGGUUUCGAUUGUCGAUGUUGCGCGGAUUAUUACGAAGCUUUAGGAUUAAAUCAGGAUGAACGCAAUAAACGGAUUGAUCAAGUUAGUAAACACAGAAACACUGAAAGAGAACCAUCUACUCCCGAAUAUUACUGGGAGAUUGGGAUGCCAAACAUAGAAGAACAACGUCGACGUGGGCAAAUUGUUGAAAGCAAUUCACCGAUUGCUCUUAAAACACGUUAUCCGGAGUACAAGCCGAAGAGACGGGCUCGACGUAGACUUUUCACUUAACAAACAACUAUUUUUACUGACAUUUUCAUUUAUACAGUGUGAAUUGUUGUUUGAAUCUAGGUAGGCUAGGGCAUAAACAAGCAGUCGAUAGUUUACAGUAAGGAAUGGUUUUGUGGCUGUUAUAUGGAAACUCCAU